CGUAUGCAAGGUCAGAGGUAAUUUUGUACGUCGUGGUGGUGCUUUGGCGCCAGCAGUUUCGCGGGGAGAAAACAGUACUGGGCGGUCACGCGAGAAGACGCAACAGAGGAAAAAUACAUGUAAAACGGCAGAUUAAAGACAGUAAAAAUAUCAGAGACAGAAGUGGAGAGCCUGGGGGGCUGCUACCGAGGGAGCCGCAGUGGUGUCACUCUUGUUGUUGUUGCUGCUGCUUCUGCUGUACUUCUUCCUGCUGCCGCCGUUGUCGUCCUUUUUUGGAGCGUUGUUCAUGCAGUCAGCUCAAACUUGGCCCUGAGAAAAGAACACAGCCUCCAGGGGUGACUAGUAAUGAUGGCAACGGUGGGGCCACAGGGCAGCCCCAGCCUCCUCCCUCUGUUGGAAUCUCUGGAAGAUAACUCUGCAGGACAGUCCGAGCAGACAGACGCCUACCUCACUAUCGCUAACCGUCUGAGUGGAGAGGAAGGACGACAGUUUCUCCCUGCAGUUGAAAAGCACUUUUCUAGAUUGGGUAAAACAAUCCUGAUUCACAUAGCAAGUCCAAAUGCAGAACUGGUCCAAGCUGCACUCCAAGCUUUGGGAUUUUGUGUUUACCAUUCACACGUGGUCUCUGAAAUACCAGAAACCUUUGCCACAGAAAUCCUUACAGCACUUUGCUCCUUGGUGGUAAAGUCCCCCGAUAAGAACACAUGCAUCAGAGCACUGUGGGUCAUCUCCAAACAGAGCUUUCCUUCAACUGUAGUGGCCAAAAAAGUCUCGUCCAUACUGGGAACACUAACAACUGUGUUGAUCAGAGAGAACAUCCAGUCUAUAGUCAUGGAGCAUGAAGCCUUGAAUGUUGUCAUCAGGAUGUUGGAGCAGGCGCCGACACAGAUGGGUGAAGGAGCAGUACAGUGGGCAAAGCUGGUGGUUCCUCUGGUCGUCCACUCCGCCUCCAAGGUACGUCUACGGGCUGCAGCAGCCAUGGAGAUGGGCCUACCACUGCUACUGGAGAGACAGACGCAGGUGGCUGCUGUCAUUGAACCAAUGAUGUCCACGAAACUGAUCCCAGAGCUGCAGAAACUCUUCAUGUCCAAGAAUGAAACCAAUGUCCUGAAGCUCUGGCCUUUAUUUGUCAAACUGCUGGGGAAGAUGCUGCACAGAGGAGGCCCCUUUAUUAACUCCCUGCUCCAUCUUGAGGAGCUCGGUUUCCGUAGCUCAUCACCAGCCAUCAAGAAAAUCGCCUUCAUUGCCUGGAAGAGCCUUAUAGAUAAUUUUGCCCUCAAUCCUGACAUCCUCUGUAGCACUAAACGUAUGAAGCUGUUGAUGCAGCCGCUCCUGUCCAUCAACGUCAGGACAGAAGCCCUGCUCCUCACCAAAGUGGAGGUCUGGUGGUACCUGGUAGUCCAACUGGGACCAAACCUGUCGUCCAACUUCGAUCUGGUUUCUUUGCCUUUGCUCCAGUGUACUAUAGGAUGUGACUCCUCAUCAGUCCCAGGGACUCCCUCCAGAGCGGUGACACAGAAUGGUGCUGUGACACCCUGUAGUACACCCAAAACUGGCACUUCUAACAUCCCCAGUGCAUCCACUACACCUCGGAUGGCUCUAAACUCCAGUGUCAACGUUCCUUCGACCUUUCCCUCUACCCAGCUGCUGGGACUGGAGAUGUUGUUACACUACUUCCUUGGCCCAGAGGCUGUUGCUGCUGCAGCAAAAAGACGGCUCACACUCAGUCUCGAGCCGUUAAACCACCCGCUCCUGACUGGAGCCUCCUCUUUUACUAAACACGCUACUGCUCUCAUCUCGAACAUCAAAGAUGGAUUCAUCAGCAUUGGAAAAGACGCUCCAGAUCCUCUGUUGGCUGUCAUAUGGAAAAAGCUCGUUUACUUUGUCAACUUGACCAUAGAUUCUGGCAGUAAAAAGGAUCGUCAGGGCUGCGAAGUUCUGACUCUGAUGCUGCAGGCUUUGCAGAGCAUCGUCACCUCUGAAGCUCUGUCAGUGGAUAAAGUUCUGGUUCUGUUAGAGAUCACAGUGACAAAUAUUUCAGAGAGGGUUCUUGGCUCUGCCUCCUACCAAGUAGGGAGGAUGGAUGUGCUAAAUGGAACUCCAGCUCUGUUUCUUAUUCUUCUCCUGUUCAAAAGCAGUAUGCUGUCUGCAUACAUUGAGGAUGAGAGGUUUUUUCAGAGCCUUCAGAUGUUGGUGGGCUACGGCCUGUCAGGCCACACCUGUCCUCUGGCGUUUGCUGAGGCAGUGCUGGGAGCCAUCAAUGUUAGUGCUAAGUCUUUGCAGACUAAAGAACAUCUGUGGAGAAUGUGGACCAUGGUUGUCAGCCAGCUGACUGACACCAUCACACAGUCAAAUGAAGUGAACCAAGGUGAUGCUCUGGAGCACAACUUCAGUGCCAUGCACUCUGCCCUGCUUUUCCCAGUUAGACACCUACUAUGUGCUGAUGCAGCACUGCAACAGACCUCCCAGAAGUCCAUGCUGUCAACUUGGUCUAAGCUCUACAAAGGUUUUGCACGUUGUUCAGCCCUAGUGGUCACUGCCGAGGAAAAUGUCUGCUGUGAGGAGCUUUGUGGAAAGAUGACAGGCAUUAUCAACAAGGAGAUUUUAUCAGUUCCUUCAAACCUGAGUGGAGUUUCAAGUAUUCUCCAUGUUAUGAUGGAGUGUGCAGACUUUUCGCCUUACUCUCCUCAGUUUAAACAGAAACUAAAGUCUCCUCGUACUCCAUCUAACUGGAUGAAGAAAAGGGAAAAGGCCCUGGGUAACCUGUCGACAUUCCAGUCACUACUGGUUGAGUGUCUUGAAGCUUACCUGGAGAAACCAGAAUCCUUUUCUGAAGCCACUGCAGUCGCUCUCAUCAGCAUCAUGUCCUCACUUUUUGCUAAUCUUUUCCUGGCCAAUGCUGUCCAAGAGGCUCUCACCUCCCUCAUUCAACCACUGACACUUUUCUACAAAUGUGCAGGAACUGAGCCACGGGUGUUCACGUCACAGAUUAUAACAAAGCUGGAGAAGCUUGUCUCUGACCUCCUGGGCUGCCUACAGAGUCGCUCCACUUUGGCCUUUGACAAUGAGCUACUCUCUCUACUUUCUCCUUUGCUUUGUGUGUUGUUUCCACACAAGAACAAGCUGCUACGAACUGCUAUCACCCAGUUCUGGAACGCAACCUUUGCUAAAUCUACUUGCCUCACUUAUUCCGAAGAAAUCAGGCCAGUUCUGAGUCAAGUAAAGCAGAAAACCCCAAUCAUCCUUCCUGGGUUUGAAGUUGUCAGAGUUUCUGAAGAUCUGAGUAGAACAUAUUCAAGUGAAAGUUCUCAGAUGGAGACCAAACUCAGCGGGAUAACUGUUUCAUCUGUCGGAAAAAAGGACUCACUGCUGGCUAAGGCCGAUGAGCCGAUAGACAAGAGUUCCACAAAGACAUCCAGGAACAUUUCUACAAAACUGGAUUUUGGAUCCCCAAAACCUCCACGUCGAGAGGUUUUGGAAGAAGAGGCUUCCAUAGACUUUGUCUUUAUCCCCCCUGAGGUCAAGGACAGAGUUCUGACGGAGCAUCAGAAGGAAGUGAAAAGGACCAAAAGGGUUGACAUUCCUGCCAUGUACAACAAUCUUGAUGCUUCUCUGGAUUCCACUGUCUUCACUCAGUACACUCAGAACCAAGAAGACUCUUUGGACAAACUACCAACAAAACAAACUGAGCCUAAAGCCAAACGAGAUUCUGAAAAGGAGGCAAUAGAAACUAAGGAAGAUGCUCUUUUGGCAAAGGAGACUCAAGACUUUGCCAGCCCAAGAGAAGCAGAUGACAAAAUGCUCUCAGAGUCAGCAGAUGUUUCCAUGGAAGAAGAGACCAAAAAUGAUGAUAUAUCAGCAGACACGGAGGUUCAGUCUAAAGAGGACUCAAGUCCUAACACCUCACUUUUGUCAGAUUUGGUCUCUGGGACUCCACAAAAACCCAACAGUCGCCGUCAGUCUUUUAUAACUUUAGAGAAAUAUGAUGAGGGAAAAUCUGCCAGCCCAAGCAGUACAUCAGGUGUAUUCACUGGUCAUUCCAUUAAGGACUCCCAGGAAAAUGACAACAAGAACUCUCCCUUAUCUCCAUCAGCCAACAUGUCUGUAGGUCCAGAUCCUCAGAAUUCUGAGGCCUCUUUGAACAAUAUCCUUGAGUCCCCUAGGAGACCAAGGGAUUCUGGGAAUAUUGGAGCACCACCUGUAAGACUGAUUGAGAGACUCUCUAGUGACACAACAGAAGAAGAUGAUGUCAUACCAGACACACAGGCUGACACAGAAGAGGAGAGUCAAACAAUGACUUCACAGCUAUCAAGUCAAGAGGAAGAAAUAGUUGAUUCUCAGGCAUCUGUGUCAGACACUUCUCAAGGUGAACCCAGGCGAUCUGGUCGCAGUAGAGUCAGACCGCUGAUGCCUGGUGAGGACCCAGAAGAGGUAGAGGGUAGAUUCUCACUAAAGAAAAAGAGACGUUCUAAAGGAGACCCCAAAAAGGACAUUUUAAAUUCAGACUCACUACAAGGCAGAGUGACCAGAAGAAGCCUCCAGGAGAGUACCAGAGAGAAAUUACGAACAAGGGCUCAAAAGGAAAAGGGUACAUUAAGCCCACCUUCAUCCCAGGGUAGGACGCAUAAAAAAACAAGACUGUUCAGCAACUCUGGAGAUUUUCUAAAUAGUCCUGAACCCAAACAAAAAAGCAACAAAGGACAUGACUCCAGCCAGUCUGACGUGCCUUCUGAUGUUGAAAGCCAGUCACUGGGUGGACGAGGUCGACGAAAAAAGGCAUCAUUAGACCAUAAUAAAAAAGGAACGACAACAAAUGUGUUUAAAGAAAAGUUGAGCCAAGCUGCCACACAAACUGAGAUUUCCAAGCAAACUGUAAAGAAUAAGGAUGAUGAUGAACCAGUGAAGGGCUCUCAGUCUAAAGACAUUUCCACAGAACUUACUGAACAGGCAGAGAAGGAAGCCCAACAGCAGAACACUGAAUCAGAUGUGAUCACUUCUUCCAUUACAACUGAUGAGGCAGAAGAAAAUCUCACAUCACCACAAGUUGUAGGCCAGUCGCAGGGUCAGCUGGCAGAAAAGACUCAACCAGAUAAAGGUGAUUCUCAGUUUUCUCCUUCAUGUCCAAUUAAUGAGCAACAAGAACUAACAGAGUCUCCAAAUCAGUUAGAGGAGAAGGGCAUUGACCCAAGGAUGGAGACUGACGUUGACCUCAGUCAGGAGGACUCUCCACUUGUGCGACUGUCCUGUGGUAAGCCUAAAAAGGAAAAAAUCCAAAAGAGAAAGGCUUUAGCAGAGGAAGCAGACCCUGUCGACAGUACCGACUCAUUAAAAAGGCCGAGACGAUCUUCACUUCUCAAGCAAGCAGAGGUCACUGUAGGAGGGAGAACUAGAAGAAGCGUACAAUCUGCAGGCUCUUCCCCAGAUACAGGCAGGCUUUCAAGACGAGGAUCUCCUCAAUCAUCAGAAGACAGCAAGUCCUCUGAGGCGAGAGAAAACACCCUAACACCCAAGAAACAGAAGAGGAAACUCAAAGCUUCUCUUCAAGAUUCUCCCACUGUUGAAUGUGACAUAGAUGCAAAUGAUAAUGAUGUAGCAAAUGAUGAAGUUGACAAUUCUCAAAUUAUUGGUACACAAAGUAAAGAAGAAGAUUUAACAGAUUUGGAAUCCCAGACAAGCCAAGAUUUACAGGAUUUUGAAUCUAAUCAAGACGAAGCAGACAUGGAAUCCCAGAGCAGAGAUUCUGAGAUGGAUGUAGAGGAUGAUGUUGUCUUACCCACCACUCCUGAAGAGAGUAUGAUAAAAAGGAAAAAGAGAAGAAAGAAGGGGUCCAAAAAGGUUAAAAGGGAAUCAUUAAGUAACAUUCAGAGAACAUCUUCACAAGAAGAAGUAACUCAAGGCUCAACAAACCCGGAAGCUGUUUGUUCAAGAAAUGAACAGGUUGAAGAAAAUCUGCCAAGCGAAGCUCCUUCUGCCGAGGAUAAGGAGGUGACCAAUGAGGGGGCAGAAGAGCCUCAGGUCAAAGGUUCUCCAGAGAACAACACUAAAAAAGAUCCUGAAACUAGUGUCGAUGAAAAUGCAGUUGAAAUACCUGUUUUAGAUCAAGAACAUCCACAUGUUCCACUGGAAACCAUGUCUUCUGAUGGAAACAACAGUGAGUGUCUGACAGGCGUAGCUGAGCAGCUAAAGGAAGAUGAACACCUGCUCUCAAACCAACAUUCAGAAACCAUUGCUGAGGAAAAGAUCUCAUGUGUUCAAGAAAAUGACCAAGAUGGCAAAAUCCAAAUGGAGGAAAAUGAAAUUGAAGAACAAACCGAAAGCGCCACUGAUGAGAAAAAUGUAAAUUUGAACGUGCCGUGUAAUCUAAGUGAGGUUUUAUCGGCUACAGCAACUACAAAUGGAUAUGAAUCCCCAGUGAAGAAAGACCUUGCAGCACUCAUUGCCUCAGAUGUUGGACAAAGCCCCUCCAGUGGAAGGACCAGGGGAACCUGGUCUCCUUCAGCUUCCCCCUCCAGCAGUAUCCUCAAGAAGGGCCAGAAGAGGCCGUUUGAGGAGGAUUCACCUUCAGUUUCACCCUUGGUCAAAUCCAGGCGUGUGUCCUUUGCUGAUCCCAUCCAGCAGCAGGAAACUGCAGAUGACAUUGACCGUCGCAGCCCAGCUGUCAGGACAUGUUCGCCCAGAAGAUCCAAAGUGUGUAGCAUCCCACAACCUAAGUUUAUCACAACUCCAACUAAAGGCCUGUUGAUGAGGACUCCCAGAAACCUGAUGAAUUCAGGGUCCAAGAGCUCCAAGAAAUGUUUGAUUUCUGAAAUGAGUCAGGAACCACGACCGAUCCCCAAAGACUGUGUGUAUCCUGCUCUGGUUGGCUGCUCUGCUCCUGUAGAAGCUGUGCUGCCUCAGAUUUCCUCCACCAUGUGGUGUCGUGGGUUUGGACAGCUGGUUAGAGCCAAAAACAUCAAAACUGUGGGUGACCUCAGCGCUCUCACUCCUACUGAAAUCAAAACUCUGCCUGUACGCUCCCCCAAGAUCUCCAAUGUGAAGAAGGCACUUAGAAUCUACGAACAACAGCGUAAAAGUCGAAAUGGUGAUGACUUGAAAAGUUUUCAUGAAACGGAGCUUCUGACCUCCGAGCCGGAUGAGGCCACUGCUCCUCAGAAUGAGGGUGAAGACAAAAACUCAGCUGAGACACUGGAGGAGGAGAACGUGGCAGCGGUAGCCACCUCCGACAUUCAGACUCCUGACAUCCUGACAGUAGAUAAACUUUCACCCGAUGGACUCUUGUCUGAGGUGGAGGCCCUCACCUGCAGGAUGACCGCUGAAGAACUAGGGCGCUGCUCUCCGCAGCAACUGGUUCAGAUGCACAGUCAUCUGGGCGGUCUGAUGAAUCGCGUGGUGUUGGAGCUCCAAACGCGACUGUGUCAGACGGUAAGUGAAAAAAAUGACGCUUCUACUAGACCACUAUGAGGGAGAGUGUGCACUUACAUGUCCUGAAGUGACUGUGGAUGAAAUGAUCCAACCUCAAAAAAGAUUCAUUAACUAAGAGUCAUUUUUAUCUUUGAUGAUUUUUAAUAGGGGGAAGCACCAUCACACAUUAGUGCUGUUAGAAAUGUUUAGACAUUUUUAAAUAGUUCUAGACGUAUAUGUAGUAAAGACCUGAUCUUAAUCUCUGUACAUAUUUUUGUCACUUCCAUUCACCUGUUCCUGUUUUUAGGCUGCUUACAAUUGAACUCAUCAGUGUUGUAAAUUUCUUUGUGCGACAUUUGAUUCCAACUUGUCUGCACACAUUUGAACUUUAAUUGUGCAGUUGAUGUUCAGCUCUUCCGUCUCUGUUGGGAUUUUUUUUUUAUCAGUGAAAUCAGGAUAAAGAAGCUGCAGCAGCGACUUAUUUUUCAAGAAUGAAAGUUUAAAAUUAAAUCUUUUUUUGUUUGUUUUGGGCAGUUUCAUUUGUUUUGUUGUCAGUUUCUGAUAAUGAUUAUGAAAUUUGUACUAUACUGAAAGUGACGCACAUGUCACACAUCUGUGUUUUUGUGAAUAUCUCAAUUAAAAGUUCCUAUUUUUAAAA